GAAAAUCAAAUCGAAAGUUUUUCUUCAGCUGGUGACAAGUUUUCAGUUUCAGUUCUGCGAAUUUUGUGCAAUUUCGGCCUGUGACGAACGACGAGUACUUGCGACUGGUUUCGAACAAACAAUUGCAAUCAUAUGACGCUGAGGACGGAGGAGUACAUACGGCGAUUGGUGUCAUCUGAGGGACGACGAUCUAGCUAUUAGUUUUCGGGCCCCAUCCCACUGCAGUUAUGCAAUAGCCCCAGUGGAGUCGAAGGCGGAGACCCUCAGUGUGUGUGUGUGUGUCGUUAUCGUGAUUUAUAAUAAAAUUGAUUAAAUUGUUGAGAUCUGUUCACAAUCGUCGGGAAGGCUACUCUCUCGAGCAGGGAAGAGAAAAAAAAAGCUAUCUUAGCAAAAGUGUCGUCAAUGGUCGUCGUCAUUUUAUAGUCGGUGGCGAUAUCGUGGUCGUGAAGUGAACAAGCAGUGAGAAGACAGUUCGUGUUUGAGCUGUUCCCACUAUUGUGGGGACUCGUGUUAGUCUCGGUCGUAGCCGGUUAGUCUUUAUCAGUCCACCGUCAAGAUGAGUAUGAGUUCAUACACCGAGAGUUCCUCCGAGGAGGACGAUCUGUCGCCGCGGGACAAGGUGCAACAGAACUCCAAGGCGUUCGCCGAUUUCUGCGUCCGGAACAUCAAGCAGCACUCGUUCGGCAGGCAUGAGAUCGAAAUUGCCGAACAGGAGAUGCCCGGCAUUAUGGCCCUGCGGAAGCAGGCCCUCGAGGACAAACCCCUAAAGGGGGCGAACAUUGUCGGUUGCACACACAUCAAUGCCCAGACGGCCGUCCUGAUCGAGACGCUCAUUAGCCUCGGGGCCAACGUCAGAUGGGCUGCCUGCAAUAUCUACUCGACACAGAAUGAAGUGGCCGCUGCCCUGGCGGAAAGUGGCGUCCCGAUCUUCGCCUGGCGUGGUGAGAUCGAGGAAGAUUUCUGGUGGUGCAUCGACAAAUGUGUUCACGCAGAGAACUGGCAACCGAACAUGAUCCUGGACGAUGGUGGCGAUGCCACGCAUCUGAUGCUGAAGAAGUACCCGGUCAUGUUCAAGAUGAUCAAGGGAAUCGUGGACGAAAGCGUUACCGGUGUGCAUCGCUUGUACCAGCUGUCCAAGACGAGCAAGCUGACGGUGCCGGCCAUGAAUGUAAAAGAUGCCAUCACCAAGACCAAGUUUGAUAGUUUGUACAGCUGCAAAGAGUCGGUGAUUGAUAGUUUGAAGCGUGCCACGGAUAUUAUGAUUGGUGGUAAGCAGGUCGUCCUGUGCGGGUAUGGUGAGGUUGGCAAAGGUUGUGCUCAAGCCCUGAAGGCGCUCGGUUGUAUCGUGUACGUAACGGAGAUCGAUCCGAUCUGUGCCCUGCAGGCUUGCAUGGAUGGGUUCCGUGUGGUCAAGCUGAACGAGGUGAUAAGGACGGUUGACGUCGUGAUCACGUGCACCGGCAACAAGAACGUGGUGACCCGUGAGCACAUGGACAAGAUGAAGAACGGUUGCAUCGUGUGCAACAUGGGCCAUUCCAACACGGAGAUCGACGUCAACAGUCUGCGAACCUCGGAACUGCAGUGGGAGAAGAUGCGUUCCCAGGUGGAUCACAUCAUUUGGCCUGGCCCCGAUGGGAAACGUAUCAUCCUGCUAGCCGAGGGACGGCUGGUGAACCUGUCUUGCUCAAGCGUGUCAUCGUUCGUUGCGUCGAUCACGGCCGCUACCCAGGCACUGGCACUAAUUGAACUGUUCAACGCACCGCCCGGACGGUACAAGGCGGACGUGUAUCUGCUGCCGAAGAAGAUGGACGAGUACGUUGCCAGUUUACACCUGCCCACGCUGGAUGCCCAUCUGACGGAAUUGACCGAUGACCAGGCUCGCUACAUGGGCCUCAACAAAGCCGGCCCGUUCAAACCAAACUACUACAGGUAUUAGUAUUGUGCGUAUUAAAACAAAAUAAACUAUUGUAACGCAUUUUUCGGACGAAAAAAAGUUGAAAAAAAAAGUAUUCAGUUCGAGAACAAUAGACCCGAUCGGUAAGCAUUUUGUUUCCGAACGGAAAGCAAAGCCGGGAAAAAAUCAAUGAUUUGAAAAGAAGAAAAACAAAACAAAAAAUUAAAAAAAAAAUAUAAAUUGGACAAGAUACUUCUGAACACGGUAGUUUAGUAGGACAUUUUUAGAAAUGUAGAUUAGUAUCAAAACGAGAAUGAGUACGGUAAACUCGCAGCAGAAUUUAAAGGAAAAUGAAACGAAACUCUUCCGCUUCCACUAUGAUGCAAAUAUAGGAAAACGAAACAAGCUGACUUAUACACUGUUAAAUCCCGCAAGAUGAAAAUUAUGUAUUGAGAAUAGAGGGAAACCAAAAAUAUGAAGAAGCACAUAUUGCCAACGGGAAGGAAAAAAAAAUAAAAGAAUAUGUCGGUCGAAAACAACCGACAUCUAUUUUUGGAAUGGGCGUUAUCAGCGAUGCUCUUAUUUGAUAUGUCAAUUAUGGCGAUAAGUUACUGAUUCGUUUUGUCUACGGCUUAACUGAAUACAAGAAUAAUUGAAUAAGCAGCGGAAAUUGUCCAUGGGUUAUCAUUUUCGGUCUAUAUCAGAGAGGAACUCGGCGACGUCGUCCAAUGCGCGCGUAUCACUAUAUUGAAGUAAAGUCAAAUAGCGAAUUCUGAUAUCGGGCACUUGCUUUGCAUUAUUAUCGAUAAACUUAUGGAAUCACGCAAAGUAUCACCUUACUGCUAGGGCUACCUAUCUUUGUUUGUAGAAACAUUUCCAAGGCAUUUAAUUAUAGGGCAGCAGAAGAUAAAAGGCAAACUAGCAAACGGAUGCAUCGUUGUUCGUUUAACCGAAGCACCUGUUUCCAAUUUUACGGUACAGUAAAGAAUAGCGAUUGUUUCUCUUUUCACCGCACGCAUUACACACACAUUUGCAGCAGUAGCCGUGUAUUAUUAUUAUUAUUACAACCUAUUAUUAUCUAUUUUAUUAUUAUUAUCGAUAAACUACAGUCGAGCGAUAAUAGUUGCAGAGAAGUUAAGAAUAUAACACCCAUUUUUAAGGCG